AUGAAAUUGAAUAGGAAAAACUCAAAUGAUUCAAUCCCCGUGCUCUUCUGCUUCUCGGUCUUUGCGCGGCCCUCGUCCGUGCCCCACGGCGCCGGCUGCGAGCUGCUCAUCCAGAGGUUCCUCAGCCUGUACGGCGACCAGCUCGACAUGCACCGCAAAUUCGUGGUGCAGCUCUUCGCGGAGGAGUGGGGCCAGUGCGUGGACCUGCCCAGGGGCUUCGCGGUGGGCGAGCGCUGCAGGGUGCGCCUGGUGCCGCUGCAGAUCCAGCUCACUACCCUGGGAAAUCUUACACCUUCGAGCACCGUGUUUUUCUGCUGUGAUAUGCAGCGGGGUUUUCGUUUGUGUGUGUGGUUUUCUUUCCAGUUGCAAGGGGCCCGGAUUUUAGGAAUUCCGGUUAUUGUAACAGAGCAGUACCCCAAAGGUCUUGGAAGCACUGUUCAAGAAAUCGACUUAACGGGUGUAAAACUAGUGCUUCCAAAAACCAAGUUUUCCAUGGUGUUACCAGAGGUGGAAGCGGCGUUAGCAGAGAUUCCUGGAGUCGGAAGUGUUGUGUUAUUUGGAGUAGAAACUCACGUGUGCAUCCAACAAACGGCCCUGGAGCUCGUCGGCCGAGGUAUUGAGGUUCAUAUCGUUGCUGACGCCACCUCAUCGAGAAGCAUGAUGGACAGGAUGUUUGCUCUCGAGCGUCUUGCUCGAACUGGGAUCAUAGUGACGACCAGCGAGGCUGUUCUGCUACAGCUGGUGGCGGAUAAAGACCAUCCGAAGUUCAAGGAAGUCCAGAACCUGAUUAAGGCGAGUGCCCCAGAGUCGGGUCUGCUCUCCAAAGUCUAGGACAUUUGAAGGACUGGUGUGCCACUCACCAUCAGGGGCAGGGCUGUAACCCGACAAGCUCUUGUCUCUACUAGAAUUAAAAUGUUAAGUCAAA